UCAUCAUUUUGUAUUCGUGAUCUAAUUUGGCACCAUCAAACAUGAUCCAAAAGAUCUUCUGAAAAGAUUUUCAAUUCAUUCUAAGAGCGAACUUGUCUCAAUAACAGUUCAACGACUUUUCAGCGAAUUUUUCUUUAAGCAAUGAACGGAUUCAAAUUCGGUCCUUUUGACGAAAAUCCUCUGGUCUUUGAUAAGGCUUUCGUGGGAGGAAAAUGGGUGGACUCAUUAUGUGGAGACACUUUCGAAGUCAUCAACCCAGCCAAUGGAGAAGUACUCGGAUCAGUUCCUGACAUGGAUGAGGUUGACACUUUGGAGGCGAUUGAGAGAGCACAUAGAGCUCAGAGGGAAUGGGGAGAGAGUACUUUGAAGGAGAGAAGUGGUCUGCUUAGGAAGCUGUUCGGCCUGGUGGCCACCAACACCGACCACCUCACCCAACUUGUCACUCUAGAGGGGGGUAAGCCUCUAUCUGACUCUCGGGGGGAGAUUGUGAAGGCGAAUGUGUUCCACGAGUGGUACUCGGAGGAGGCGAAGAGGGUGGGAGGGGAGUGCAUGUUGGGGGUGCAGAAGAAAGACAGCCAACUGCUCUUCCUCAGGCAGCCAAUCGGAAUCGCCGCCCUCAUCACACCUUGGAACGCGCCCCUGCAGAUGAUCUCGCGGAAGGCGGCCGCCGCCCUGGCUGCGGGUUGCUGUGUCAUCGUCAAACCAGCAGAGGACACGCCCCUAUCUGCACUCGCUCUGGCACACCUCAUCAACCUAGCUGGAUUUCCACCGGGUGUGUUCAAUGUAGUCACGUGCAGUCGUGACAAGAUGCGACGGGUGUCUGGGGUGUUGUGUGACAGUCCACUGGUCCGGAAACUCUCAUUCACAGGAUCCACAGUAGCAGGAAAGUGGUUGUACGAGCGAUGCAGUCAAACGGUUAAAAAACUUUCGUUGGAGCUCGGAGGAAACGCAGCCUUUAUAGUUUUCGAAUCUGCCGAUUUAGAAAAAGCUGUUCAAGCAUGUACUGACUCCAAGUUCAGAAACGGAGGCCAAACAUGCAUCUGCGCCAACAGAAUUCUAGUUCAGGAUUCAAUUUACGAUCAAUUUUGUCAAAAGCUGGAAGAAAAAGUGAAAAAUAUCAAAAUGGGCCCCCCUAUCAAUUCCAAAAACAGUCAGGGACCCUUGAUAAACAAAAGAGCAGUGGGAAAAGUUUCGAGACACGUUGACGACGCAAUCGCGCGUGGAGGGGUUCUAAAAAUAGGCGGGAAAGUCGACAGAUCACUGGGCCCCCUUUAUUUUGAGCCGACACUCAUUACUGAAGUUCCAAGCGAUGCACUUGUACAUAGAGAGGAGACAUUUGGACCUCUGGCUGCUAUAACUAGGUUCAUCUUCGAGGAGGAGGCAAUACAAAUAGCCAACAGUGUACAGGCCGGUCUUGCCAGCUAUGUCUUCACAAGGAACUAUGGCCAGGCCCAUAGACUUUCCAAGGCCAUAGAAGUGGGCAUGCUAGGAAUCAAUGAGAUUUCGAUCACACCAGAGCAAGCGCCCUUUGGAGGGAUCAAAGAGUCGGGAUUGGGACGAGAGGGGUCAGUUCAUGGAAUAGAGGAGUACCAGGAAAUCAAGUACUUGAACUUCAACAUGGCAGCAUUUUUGUAAAAUUAACUGUAUUUCAAUCAAAUUUCUGUAGAAAUAUU